CGUAUGUAUUAUUUGACGAGCUGACAACGCAGACGGACGUUCUCCGGGAACUUGGACCUCGAGUAGUUUUAGAAACCUAAAUUGCAAGGAACAUAAUCGCUAUACCCAAUUAUCUUGAUUGCCUUACGAAGACAAGUUUUUGAUUAAAUAUCAUGACAUAUUUGUAUUUUCUAACGCAAGUGAUAUUUUAAAAUCCAUUUUUUUAUGUUGUGUGCGCGUUAACAUCUAACGAAAUUAAACAAGUUUUUGGAGAGUUGACAAAAGUAAAACUAUGUAGGAAGUGCAAAGCAUCGAAUGGUUUAAGUGAAGCUGAAUAUCAAAUAGUUCUUACGUUAUAGGUACAUAUACUACCACACACAUAUAUACAUACAUAACAACCUAGGUCAAUAUUGCUUAAAGUGCCGAGUAAAUGUUCGCAGAGAUAAAAACAACUAUUGUUAGUUGCCCAGUUGAUAAUAAACAGCAAUCACACGCACACAGUCGCACAUUGGAACCCACACUCGUGACUAGAAACGUACAUAUGAAUACAUAUGUACAUACAUUCGCUGAAAUCGAAAACAACGCACAGCUUCAGAGAGGCAAAAGAAAAGCACGAUUCUAAACUUGAAUCUAUUAAAUUUAUAAUAUCAAAGCGCGAAGGUUGUUAGCGAGUGGCUCGGCACUGCCAAAAACGAGUGCCCCCGAAUGCUUAACAUCAAGAUCGCAUGCCUAGAGCUUUUCAGCAGUGCCAGUACUAACAAUAAGAACAACGAAACGGAAAAGAAAAACAUAAAUGUUCCUAUUCUAACGGUCCCCGUGUAUUUCGUAAUUAAACAUCGUUAAGUGAGACAGAAAAUUCUCGCAGCAAUUGCGGGUACGGGAACAAGUCUGGUUGUUGAACGCGACGCAGUGAAAAAGUUUUGGCGGAAAACAUUUGUCUAUGGUAGAUUUGCGUGCUCGGUCGCUACUUACAAGAGUCGGCGAAACUGCCACAGAUACAUAUAAAAAUAACAAGCUUUUUACGGAUUUUUCCCAUCAAUUAUAUGAUUCACCUACAACUAACAUGGUCUACUAUUCCGCUAACCAGCUGCUCAUAAAAACGGAGCAAUCUAAUCAGACGCAGUUCUGUCUUCAAGUGCCGCCCCCGCUGACGUCGGCGACUACGAGUUUGGGAAUCGGAGUGUCACCAACCGGUGGCCAGCAAGAGCAAUUUGAACUACUGCAGACGCCACAACAGCGGCAACUGCAGCUACAACUGCAGGACCAUCAUCACCAAGAGCAGCAGCAGUUCGUCAGCUAUCAACUGGGCAUCCCACAGCAGCAAAAGCAGCAGCAACAUGAAUGCAUUACUACCAAGACUCCAACAGCAGCCCCAACCCCUCAGCGGAUCAAGACAGAGCCGUCCGCCGUGUUUUCAACAUCUCCGAUGGUGCCGCAGGUACGCAAGCCGAUCACGAACAAGCCGCAGUUUAGGUGCGACCAGUGCGGCAUGACCUUUGGCAGCAAGUCGGCCCACACCUCGCACACCAAGUCGCACUCUAAGAAUGCCGAUCUGUCGCUGAACGGCGGAGACGGCGCGGCGGUCGUUGCGACAGUCACAUCGGCUGCCAUCGAGCUAAAUGAAGCGGGUCUGCCGGUGGGCAUCCCCAAGAGUCCGACCAUUAAGCCCCUGGACAACGUCGCUGCCGGAGCUGAUCCGUAUCAGUGCAACGUAUGCCAAAAAACAUUCGCCGUUCCCGCCAGGCUGAUCCGUCACUACCGCACCCAUACUGGCGAGCGGCCGUUUGAGUGCGAGUUUUGCCACAAGCUGUUCAGCGUGAAGGAGAACCUGCAGGUGCACCGCCGUAUCCACACGAAGGAGCGGCCGUACAAGUGCGACGUGUGCGGACGAGCCUUCGAGCACUCCGGGAAGCUGCACCGCCACAUGCGCAUUCACACAGGCGAGCGGCCACAUAAGUGCUCCGUGUGCGAGAAGACGUUCAUCCAGUCCGGCCAGUUGGUGAUCCACAUGCGCACCCACACUGGCGAGAAGCCGUACAAGUGCCCGGAGCCGGGGUGCGGAAAGGGCUUUACCUGCUCCAAGCAGCUCAAGGUGCACUCACGAACGCAUACGGGUGAAAAGCCCUACCACUGCGACAUUUGCUUCCGAGAUUUUGGAUACAACCACGUGCUCAAGCUGCACCGUGUGCAGCACUACGGCUCUAAGUGCUACAAGUGCACCAUCUGCGAAGAGACGUUUAAGAAUAAGAAGGAGAUGGAGGCGCACAUCAAGGGGCAUGGCAAGGAAAUCCCCGAGGACGAGGCGGAGGUUUCGGCAGCAUCAGUUUCAGCGGGCUCCUCUGCUGGAUCGCCCUUGCAAGGAGACAGCUGCAACUCUGAGAGCAGCAACCACUCGCUGCCCAGCUCGCCGCUGACUACGAAGAUGCCUCGACGGGCACGUAAGCCGUGUGAAUCCAAAGACGCGACAUCUGCUCUUCCUGUCACUUUUUCCUCGCCGCUUUCGCCCAGUUCGCUAAGCUCCACGUACUCGCCAUCGGUAAGCAGCCAGUCCUCACCUCCGCCCACAUCGGGUCAAUACCUGCCCGUCCAGUUGGAGGCGGAUGCCUUAAGCCGGGACAGUGGGGUUUCAAACGCCCAGCUUACCCACUGCAGCUAUACGGACGAGGAGCCGACAGACUUAAGCAUGCAACAGGGCCAGAACAAGGCACCAGUACCGACUGCGUGCUUUUACCAGGCCUCUACGAGUCUUCUGGAGCUGCACCCCCAAGCCCCUAACCUCACAAUUAAUCCCGCCCUGCUCGAAGCAGCCAAUAUGGCGCGUCGCCAUCACGACAUCGAUGACGUAGUGAAAGAUGAGGACGUGCACGCUGCCGCCUGGCAAAUGAUGCAACUUCGUCGUGGGCACGGGUCCUUACCUUCAACAGAAAUGCAACCUCAAACGCACCAGCCACACGUCACAACUUUGCACGACAGUGACCUUGCGGCCAACUACGAUGACACCCAUGAAGCCACCGUGCUGAUCGAGCACUUUAAGAGGGGCGAUCUUGCUCGCCACGGGCUGCACAAGGGCUAUGCGCCGGUGCCCAAAUAUAAAUCCGCUUUACCUAAUCCGGACAUCGUGCGACGCGUGGAAGCGGCAAUUGGACUCCGGUCCAGCACGGAGUCACCCGAACGAAGUUCUUCGCCGGAGAGCGACUCCCUAAUGAUGGCCGACCGGAACGUUAUGACGCUACCGCUUCGCAAGCGCAAACACUACAUGAACAAAUUGGACGACGGUCAAGCAGAUCCCAAAAAGACCGAGGGGGGAAAAGACCCUGCCGAGGAUGGGUCUUCUACCACCAGUGCAGUCGUUUCUGUUAGCGCCGGCGAUGGAGCUGGGUCGAAAGUGAUGAGAUUGAGUUCGGUCAUCCAAUUUGCAAAGGCCUCAUAGGGGUCUAGGCCUCUACCCAAUCAGCAUUAAGACUGUCCAAACAAAUUCUAACUGAAAUAAGUUUAAGUUUUUUCUCUGAGGUUCGAGGUUAGGCCCAGAAUAAUUAAAAAUAUGGAGAGAUGGGGCAUUCGAAUAUUUUUCAAGCAGGAAAAAUAUAAAUGCCAAAAGUAUUAUAAAAUGCGAAAAUUUGUUAUAAAAUAAUUAUAACUUCCUGUUGCGUUUUAUUGGCUUGACCCGAUUUGUGUUAAAUGUUUGAUCUUAAAAAUGUAACAAUUUUAUUUUAAUUUGGCAUUUAGGUAUAGGUUUUUUCUGUGUUGUCACUUAGUCAAAUUGCCUCAAUCGGAAUUGGAAUUACGCAUACUAAUCAGAAGCAUUAAUAAGUUUAAUUUAAAUAUAAUCACUUAACAAGACACAACCCAACCUUACACAACAAUAAGACAUGUGAGUAAUUAAACAAAUACUAAUAAAAACGGUAUAAGGCCAUAUUGGCACUUAAUAUUUAUUAAUACCGGUUAUACGUAUUUAUUAGUGUAAUAAACUCUGCUCGCCAAACCUCUUUCUUCCCCUCCAUUAUUAGUGUCAGCACCAUCUUCGACAUUCUUCAACAUUUUAUAUGCAUUUUUAUAUUUUAUAUAUAACGACACAUAGGCACUAAAUAAGAUAAUAAUGAAACGAAACGGUAAUUUUAAUUUUACAAACGGAGAAUAUUGAACUGAUACACAAGAACAAAGCAAGCAUAACUAGCUUUAUACAAUUUCAAACAUAACAAAUAAAAUUAAGUGCGUUUACAUACUUUUUUGUAAACGCAGAUUUAAUAUUUAGGUCUAAAUUGUAAAAUCAAAAAUUGCAUAAAAAACAUAUACAAUUAGAAAGUCUAUAAACAAACGUGUAAUAAUAAAUUAAUAUUUGUAUGGAAUUUGUCUUUAUACCAGUACGUUAACAUAAUAAUACAUAUAGGAACUUAUUAAAUUCCCCAUUUAGUAAAAUGACUUAGGAAUAUUAUAAGAGCUCUAGCUCCCAAGAAAUGAUGACGUUUUCAGAUCAAGCUAUAUUUUUAAUUUUUUGUAAAAAUUUCUAGAAUUGUCGAAACAUAUUGGAAUUAAGCAUACAGCAAUAUCAAUAGAUGUCGAAAGUAAAAGGACCACAAAAUACAUUCGAUGCCUAAGUUUAACAAUGA